AUGGCGGGCGAAACCACCAUCUGGCAUCCAGCCAACAUCUUCUCAGACGAUCCCAUAGCACAAGAUGACGAUGACGAUGGCGAAUACUCGCUCAUCGUCCUCAACCAGCCCAUGGAAUUGAGCGCCUCUGUCUACAGCAAACUCUGGGAAAAUUGCACAUGUAAAGUAGCUGCAGACGGCGGUGCUAAUCGUAUUCACGACAUGAACGUGCAGAACCAAGACCUUCUAGAUGUGGACUUCAUCAUCGGAGACCUCGACUCGCUUCUUCCCCCCGUUCGAAAGUACUGGGAGGAUAAGGGUGCUCGGAUCAUUCAUAAUCCAGACCAAUACUCGACAGAUUUCACGAAAGCCGUGAAAGCCAUUUGGGCUCAAUCAAAGGCGAACCUUGUUGUGUUAGGUGGACUCGGUGGACGAGUUGAUCAAGGUAUCUCUGUUCUGCAUCAUCUUUACACCUUCCAAAAGACCUACGAUUCUGGGAAGAUGUUUCUUCUUUCAAGCGAGGGCAUUACAUUUGUGUUGAAAUCCGGAAAGCACAGGAUUCGGGCUCAGCAAGAACAUCCAGUCAUGAAGUUGGGCAAGAAUGUGGGCAUCAUUCCGCUCAAGGAGCCGUCUGUGAUAACCACCAAAGGCCUCGAAUGGGAUGUCACGGACUGGGAGACGGAAUUCGGAGGGCAGAUCAGUACCAGCAAUCAUGUUGUAGAGGAUUGGGUGACAAUUGAUACGACGAAAGAUGUUCUUUUCACAAUCGACAUUGAAAUUUUAUCUUUGAGUUCUACUUGA